CUCUUCUCAAGUAGCAUACUGGACACAGUUGUGAUGGUGAAACGCGGUCUCUGACAGAACGUUAACGCUGACAGCACUGAAACAGUUAAUGGUAGUUACCGACAGUUGCUCUGACAAACCAUUGAAGGAGUAACAAUUUACUUUAUUUUGACUUUGGAUGAGUUUGUUUUCAGACGUGAAAACCUAAACUUUAACUUGAGACUUCAACUUGUUCUGGAAUCCGGAGUUUUUGUAAACAGGAAAAGUUUGUCUUUCAACGAACUUUGAAGUUCAGUCUCAAGGCAAUGAACUUACUCUAAAAUGCGCUGAAGCCGAGCCAUCAUAAGGGAUCAUCAGAAUGACAGAGCCAAUGGAGCAGACCCAUGACCUGGAAACUUUGGGCAGCCCAUCAGGUGGGAGAAGCGGGGACGCUUUGGAGCAUCACCCAGCCAACAACCAUGCUGCACCACAGAACGGCGACAGGGGGCGACAGAGAGCGCAGAAUCAUCAGCGGCGGGCGGAGAGCUGCGAGGACAUCAACAGAGACGAGUUAUGGCAAAUGAAAGGCGGACCGAGGGAGGUGUGCCCUUCCUCAGCAGCCGGAAACCAGCUUCUCAAGUACCCGAAUGCAGCCCAGCCUCACAAGACACCCGACGGCCGCUCCUCGGGGGUCAUUAAUCACAACCUACGCGGGAACCGAGCGCUGCAGGUGACUUUUAACCAGAUUCAGGUGGAGAGUUUGCACAUCGACUCCGACACUGGCUUGGAUGCGCGACUGGGAAAGAAGCGGCACAGGCGCAGGAACUCCAAGAAGAAGCGCAACUGGAAGCCUUACAACAAACUUUCAUGGGAGGAGAAGAAAGCCCUGGAGGAGAGAGAGACCGUGAGGGCUUCGCGGAUGAGAGAGGAGAUGUUCGCCAAAGGGCUCCCGGUCGCUCCCUACAACACCACCCAGUUCCUGAUGGACGAGCACGACCGAGAGGAACCCGACCUCAACACCGAGACUGGGGCCAGGCGGUCUUCGGGGGUCGGUGGUCGCAUGGAAGACACCGGUAGCGACGAUGAGGACUUUUGUGACAACGAAGAAGACGACGACGAUGACGGCAGCGGCGGAGGCAGCGAUGGGAUCGGGAGGCCCGGGAAUGCUGGCGGGGAGUUCCUCCAGAGGGACUUCUCUGAGACCUAUGAGAAGUACCACGUCGAGAGCCUGCAGAACAUGACCAAGCAGGAACUGCUGCAGGAGUACCUGGAGCUGGAGAAAUGCAUGUCCCGGCUGGAGGAGGAGAACAACCGGCUGAGGCGUGCCGUGGAGCCUCUGGCCGCACCGGAGAGCUCCCAGGUCCGGAUCAGAGAGAUGGAGCGGGAGCUGGAGAGCCUGAAAGCUCAGAACACGGAGCUGCUUCUGCAGAGUCAGCCCAGCAGGGACAGGGCUCAGGUGGCUACAAACUAGGCUCACCGCGGUAGGGGGGUCCGUUCAGAAGGUAAAACAUGGGACUACUGCGUUGUUUUCAGCUGUCAAGUUUCUCUGUAAACAGUUCGUCAUCUGGACACAAAGUCGUUGCACUCAGAUGCUGCUUUACGUUUAUUUUCCAUCUGACCUCUUCAAAUUUCUUCAAGAGCAAAUGUAAAUAUUUCAAAAUUCAGAUUUUUUUAUAUAUAUAAAACGAGGUGUUUAACAAUAGUAGAUCUUUGUUGUUUUUCAGGUCAACUUUGUAGGCAUAUCUGCUGAUAAAAACUGUCCCAUGUUUCGUUUUGGAUAAAAAUAAAUAAACAUCGUAUUCCCCAGCAGAAGAGAUGACAGCAACUCGGGCCAGCUUUUUAUUCUCUGUUUUUGUCUUGUUUUGCAUAAGUAAACGCCGGAGUUAACAUUUUAA